CAUUUAAAUUUGAAUUUGUAUCAGACAUCUUAACUAAAUUACUUGAAAAUUAACAUUUUUUAAUAACAAAAUUAUGGAAUAUUUUGACGUUUCAUAGUUUUGACAACAACUGUUGCCAAUAGUAUCAAUCUUUAUAUAAUAACACCAAUGUUGCCAACAUAACAUACAUUACUAACCAUAGAAAAAUAAAACACAUUUUGUAUUUAUUUGUGUUUAUUCUUUACAUGUUGAUUCAGCUAACUUCGCCCUGAAGCCGUGAAGUGUCAAAGUGUGUUUUUGAUGGAAAAUACUGAUUUUUAGAGGUGAAAAUGAGUAUUGAAAGGGAGCCGAACAAAAGGCGUGUAAAACCGUCCGAACAAGCCUGUAUUUUGGAUUUCGACGAGGAAUCAUCCGAUGAUUCGGACUUUCGUAUCGAAGAUCAUCCCGAACACUCCGAUGAUGACGAUUCGUUGGAUUCAGAGGGUAACCAUGGCAACGAGAGUGAAUCAGACGAAUCCGAAGAAGAGUCUGACAUAGAUGAGUUAAAACAACUGACCAACAAUCUUGCGAACAGUAAUGGUUACUCGAUAGCAGAUGUCUUGAGCCAGGCAGCCUCCCAGUCUGGUAAAAGUAGCAAAUUGACGGAGAAAGACGCGCAAAUUUUGAUUUGUUGCGGCUGUUUGGGAGAUCAGAGCGAUGGUGUUAACGAAAUCGUCGAAUGUGACAGCUGUGGGGUAACCGUACACGAAGCUUGCUACGGAGUCUCCGACUCGAACAGCUUGGCUUCCACUGACUCCCUCUCCCCGACGGCGCCUUGGUUCUGCGAGUCGUGCAAAGCGGGCGUCAUGCAGCCCACCUGCGAGCUGUGUCCCAAUUCCGGCGGCAUUUUCAAGGAAACCGACGUGGGCAAGUGGGUGCAUCUCAUUUGCGCCCUCUACGUGCCCGGCGUGGCGUUCGGCGAGGUGGACAAGCUCACCAGCGUCACCUUGUUCGAGAUGCAGUACAGCAAGUGGGGCGCCAAGACGUGCAGUUUGUGCACCGACGAUCGGUUUGCGAGGACCGGCGUUUGCAUAGGCUGCGACGCGGGCAUGUGCCGCACGUACUUUCACGUGACGUGCGCCCAACGCGAAGGCUUCCUCUCCGAAGCCCACUCGGAGGAAGUCGACCAAGCCGACCCCUUCUACGCCCAUUGCAAACUGCACUCCGACAAAACGCUGGUGAAAAGGCGCAAGAGAAACUACAUGGCGCUGCAGCUGAGAACGCACCUGCGGAAGGUGCAGUUCGACAAGGAGGGUCACAGCGAGACGCCCGAGCAGGUGAGGAUACAAAGGAAGCUGAGGAAGCAGAAGGAGCAUUACCUGGGACACAAGGCUCUGAAGCAGGCGCCUUGGGUACCGACGCAAAAGAUGCCCAGGUUGCUCACUACCAGCGCUUCUGCGGUCAAAAAGCUGAUGAUGAAGGCGCAAAUUAUGGGCAUCGACACCAUGGUGUUGGAGAUGCAGGAAUCGCAGGCCAUUGCUUUGGUGGACGUGAGGAAAAAGUGGCACAUUUCGCCGGCUUUUACGGUGGAGUUUAUCGCCUAUUAUUUGGAUAGAAACGAUAGGCUGAAGGAAAUGAAGAACUCCUUGGAAGAUUUUAUGGCAACUAAUCGGGAUCUUCUCGACGAGCAGCAACUGCUGCGCGCGAAGUACGACGAGCUGCUCAAAAAAAGCGCGGAAAACUCUACGAAAAACACGGAACUGAAGCAGAUCGUGCACAAGUACCAUUCGGCCAUACUGAGCGCCUGCCCCACGAAAAACCUGCCCAACAUCGACGAGCUGGGCAAGCCGCCGGUGGCGCGCGUGCCCACGCAGCCGAUGAUGGUGCCGACGGCGGCCGCCCUGAAAAUGGGCGUCGGCUUUCCCCUGAAGAACAUCCCGAUCGGCAGGAACGACAGGAUCUUGAGCAGCCACGCCAACAAGCAGCAUCAAGAUCCUCUGUUACUCAACGAAUGCGGCAUAUGCAGGCAAAGAAAGGACCAACAUUUGUUGGCCAAAUGCGACACCUGCCACCUGUACUAUCACUUGUACUGUUUAAACCCGCCGUUGAGUAGGUUACCGAAAAAAUCCAAACUGUACGGCUGGCAGUGUUCCGAGUGCGACAAAACUUCGGAUUCGGAGACGGAGGAGGUUAAAACUCCGCGGAGGAGUAGAAACAGGUUUUCCCGCGAUUUGGAUUCCAACACCUCCACGCCAAAGUUGAAGAUAAAACCGUUGGAUACUUUGGAGGUGUACGAUUUGAGUCCAGAUCAAAGUAAGACGUUGAACAAGACAAAUGAAAGUUUUGGGCUUGAUGAAUCGUCGGAAUUUACGAGUACGGAUCUGCAGGUUAUUUUGGAGAAAAACGGCACGGAGCCGCAUAAAAGCAGCAAAAAACGUAGGAGAGAAAAACAUAGGAAUCGAUAUUCUCCUGAUCUGGGCUUCUCUAGCAAGGAACACAAAAGGAAACGCAAGAAGAAAUCGUUGGAUUUGGAUGAGCCAAUUCCUCAUCCCAGAAUAACGAUCAAAAUUAAACCCAUACCCCUCCCAGCGGGGGAGGUGGCGUCAGAAUCUAACCCCCAAUGUUUUUACGUCCCAAACGAGAACAACGACAACAUCCCCCAUUUCCCCGUCGUAAACGUCAAAUCCCCGCGCCUGUCCCCCAAAAAGAUCCAGGAGAAGCGCAGGUCGGCCCCCAAAAGCCCCCCCAAAGGGUUGGACCCCCUGGCGGUGAGUUUCGGCAUCACGUGCGACGUGUGCCGGCUGGAGGGGGCCGCCAACUUGACGGUCAGGUGCGACGACUGUCAGAAAUCUUACCACUUCACUUGCCUGGAGCCGCCGUUGAAGAAGACGCCCAAAAAGAGGGGGUACAGCUGGCACUGCGCGGAUUGCGACCCCACGGGGUCGGAGUAGGAACGUAAAAGGUACGUUUUUUUUAGGUUAAGUUAAGUGUUGAAAAGUCAUUCAAUAAAAUGCGAUGUGAGGCGA